UACAGUGCGAGCCAGGGCCCCCAGGCUUCCUGUGUGUGCGCCCGCCCGCUACUGUUUCUUGUCGGAGCUCGUUGGGCCAUCCGGCGGCCCGGCCCGGCCCCAUGGCCCAGACCCCCGACGGCAUAUCCUGUGAGCUGCGAGGCGAGAUCACCAGAUUCCUGUGGCCCAAGGAGGCUGAGCUGCUGCUGAAAACCUGGCUACCAGAACGGGAGGGUGCUGAGCGAGGUCAUGUCUUGGCACUGCUACGAUGGAGAGCCUACCUGCUCCACACCUGCCUUCCCCUGAGGGUGGACUGCACAUUCAGCUACCUGGAGGUCCAGACCAUGGCACUGCAGGAGACACCCCCUCAGGUCACUUUUGAGCUAGAGUCUCUGCCUGAGCUGGUCCUGGAGUUUGCUGGUGUAGCUGCCCUGGAACAGCUGGCCCAGCACAUUGCUGCAGCCAUCAAGAAGGUCUUCCCUCGCUCGAACCUUGGGAAGCUAUUCCGGAAGCCCACAUCCUCCUCCAUGCUGGCUCGGCUGGAGAGAAGCAGCCCCUCCGAAGACACCUUGCCCAGCAGCCCCUGUGGUGGCUUCUUGGAGACGUAUGAGGCUCUGUGUGACUACAAUGGCUUCCCUUUCCGAGAGGAGAUUCAGUGGGAUGUGGACACCAUCUACCAUCGUCAGGGCUGCCGCCACUUCAGCCUAGGCGACUUCAGCCAUCUGGGCAGUCGCGACCUGGCGUUGAGUGUGGCUGCCCUGUCCUACAACCUGUGGUUCCAGUGCCUCUCCUGUGUGGACAUGAAGCUGAGCCUUGAGGUCUCGGAACAGAUUCUGCACAUGAUGAGUCAAUCGUCCCACCUGGAGGAGCUAGUGCUAGAGAACUGUGGCCUGAGGGGAGACUUUGUCCGGCGACUGGCCCAGGCACUGGCAGGGCACUCGAGCUCUGCCCUCCGGGAGCUUAGCCUGGCGGGGAACCUGCUAGAUGAUCGAGGCAUGGCUGCUCUCAGCAGACACCUAGAGUAUCGUCCUGGAGCCCUGAGGAAACUCAGCCUAGCGCAGACAGGGUUGACAGCUCGAGGAAUGAGGUCUCUGGGCCGGGCACUGGCUUCUAAUGUGGCCUUUGACUCUGCCCUGAACCACUUGGAUCUUUCCGGGAACCCUGGGGCGCUGGGGUCCUCGGAGGACAGUGGGGGCCUCUAUAGUUUCCUGAGCCGUCCUAAUGUUCUGAUGUUCCUGAAUCUCGCGGGCACCGACACCGCCCUGGACACUGUGAGAGUGGUCAGUGGGUGGAUGAUCGGUAGGGCCAGUGGCCGGGCCCGAGACCUGAGGGUAGACCCGUGGGGGGGGUGGCGGGGGGCUCAAUCUAUCGCCGGUGUAGCCUACACACUCUUCCCGCAGCUCUUCGCAGCGCUGGCCGGCGGCUGCUGCACUAGCCUCAGCCACCUGGACGCCUCGAGGAACGUCUUCUCCCGCACGAAGUCCCGGGCUGCGCCCGACGCGCUCCAACUCUUCCUCAGCCGUGCGGAGACGCUUCGGCACCUGGGCCUGGCGGGCUGUAAGCUGCCGCCCGACGCGCUCAGGGCCCUUUUGGAAGGCCUUGCGCUAAACACGCACACGGGCGACCUGCACCUGGACCUCAGCGCUUGUGAGCUGCGUUCAGCGGGCGCUCAGGUGAUACAGGACUUAGUGUGCGACGCCGGCGCAGUGAGCUCCCUGGAUCUGGCGGAUAAUGGCUUCGGCUCAGACAUGGUGACUCUGGUGCUGGCCAUCGGGAGGAGUCGGUCCCUGCGACAUGUGGCACUUGGAAGGAACUUCAACGUCCGGUGCAAGGAGACCCUGGACGACGUCCUGCACCGGAUUGUCCAGCUCAUGCAGGAUGAUGACUGUCCCCUACAGUCUCUGUCGGUGGCUGAGUCGCGGCUGAAGCUGGCCUCCAGCGUCCUGCUCCGGGCCCUGGGCACGAAUCCUAACCUGACGGCGCUGGAUAUCAGCGGCAACGCCAUGGGGGAUACCGGCGCCAAGAUGCUGGCCAAGGCACUUCGGGUCAACACUAGGCUCCGGUCUGUCGUCUGGGACCGGAACCACACGUCUGCUCUGGGCCUGCUGGACGUAGCGCAGGCCCUGGAGCAGAACCGCAGCCUAAAGGCCAUGCCUCUGCCACUGAACGACGUGGCCCAGGCACAUCGCAGCCGCCCGGAAAUGACCACACGUGCAGUGCAUCAGAUCCAAGCCUGUCUUUUGAGGAAUAACCGUGCGGACCAUGCCUCUUCUGACCGCACUUCCUGUCCGCAGCCACCGGGUCUGGUCUCCGACCCUUCAGAGCAGGAAGUGAACGAACUGUGUCAGUCAGUGCAGGAGCAUGUAGAGCUACUGGGCUGUGGGGCUGGACCCCAGGGUGAAGCUGCUGUGCACCAGGCUGAAGAUGCCAUCCAAAAUGCCAACUUCUCUCUCAGUAUUCUCCCAAUUCUGUAUGAGGCUGGAAGCUCCCCAAGUCAUCAGUGGCAGCUGCGGCAAAAGCUAGAGGGCCUCCUGGGACAGGUGGGCGAGGUCUGCCGUAAAGAUAUUCAAGAUUUCACUCAGGCUACACUGGACACAACAAGGAGCCUCUGCCCCCAGAUGCUACAGGGACCCAGGUGGAGGGAGCAGCUAGAGGGGGUUCUGGUGGGCUCAAGGGGCCUCCCAGAACUGCUCCCAGAGCACCUGCUGCAAGAUGCCUUCACUAGGCUCCGGGAUAUGCGGUUGUCAGUCACGGGGACCUUGGCAGAGAGCAUUGUGGCUCAGGCCUUGGAGGGGCUGAAUGCAGCCCGUGAUCGGCUGGUGGAGAGUCUGGCUCAGCAGGCAACAGUGACAAUGCCUCCUGCCAUACCAGCACUGGAUGGAGGUGAGCCCAGCCCCCUUGGGCCUGGGGAAUUGGAAGGUCUUUUCUUCUCUGAGGAGGUGAGGGAAAAGCAGAAGGAUGAAGAGGAACAGAAGCAUGACAGUCCUCCACAGAAAUGGCCUGAGUCCAGCCAAUGUUUUCACCUGGUCCUCUCCACUCACAGUGCUGCUGAGGAACCGGAGCCCGAGCUGGCGGCUCCGGGGGAAGAUGCAGAGCCGCAGGCGGGGCCUUCUGCCCGUGGCUCUCCGAGCCCUGCCACCCCGGGUCCCCAGGCCGGCCCACUGCCUUGCAUGGACCUGCCACCCUCUGGGGAGCCCCUACGCCAUCCGACCCGGGCCCGGCCGCGGCCGCGGCGCCAGUACCACCACCGUCCGCCACCGGGGGGCCCCCAGGUGCUCCCAGCCCUGCCGCAGGAAGGGAAUGGACUCAGUGCCCGCGUGGACGAAGGUGUGGAGGAAUUCUUCUCCAAAAGGCUGAUCCAGCAGGAUAGCCUCUGGGUUCCUGAAGAGGACUCAGCCAAUGAAGGGGGUACCACCCCUGUCCCCCGUACACUGAGAAAGAAGCUGGGUACCCUGUUUGCCUUUAAGAAGCCUCGUUCAACCCGGGGGUCACGGCCUGAUCUAGAGACCAGCCCUGGGGCAGCUCCCCGUACUCGAAAGACCACACUGGGAGACCUGUUGCGGCCACCAUCCCGCCCUGGUCGUGGGGAGGAGCCUGGUGGAGCUGAGGGGGGCACCAGCAGCCCAGACCCGGCCCAUAGGAGCCGGCCUCGUUAUACCCGGGAAAGCAAAGCCUAUUCAAUGAUACUACUACCUGCUGAGGAGGAGGAAACACUGGGCACCAGACCUGACAAGCGGCGGCCCCUGGAGCGGGGAGACACAGAGCUGGCCCCAUCCUUUGAACAGCGGGUACAAGUGAUGCUGCAGAGGAUUGGUGUGAGCAGAAGCAGCGGGAGUGCUGAAGGCAAGAGGAAGCAAAGCAAGGAUGGAGAGAUCAAGAAGGCUGGCUCGGAUGGUGACAUUAUGGACAGUUCCACAGAGGCCCCUCCCAUCUCAAUCAAGUCCCGCACCCACUCCGUGUCGGCUGACCCCUCAUGCAGACCUGGUCCAGGGAGCCAAGGUCCGGAGUCCACCACCUGGAAGACACUAGGACAGCAGCUGAAUGCAGAGCUCAGGGGCCGUGGUUGGGGCCAACAGGAUGGUCCAGGCCCCCCCUCCCCUUGUCCCAGCCCCAGUCCACGAAGAACCAGCCCCUCCCCUGACAGCCUGGUCCUCCCAGAGGACCCUUGCCUGGGCCCUAGGAACGAAGAUGGCCAGCUGAGGCCGAGGCCUCUCUCGGCAGGGCGACGAGCAGUGUCUGUGCAUGAGGACCAGCUCCAGACCCCUGCUGAACGGCCCCUGCGGCUGCAGCGCUCCCCUGUUCUCAAGAGGAGGCCAAAGCCUGAGGCACCCUCAUCUCCAGGCCUAGGAUCUGGUCUUGGAGCCCAACCUCUGCCCCCACAGCCCACAGAGCCCUCUAGUCCUGAGCAGAAGCCACCCUCCCCAGCCACAGACCAAAGAGGCGGCGGCCCCAACCCCUGACCCUCUCCUCUUCCUGCCGCAUGAGAUUAUUUUAUUAAAAAACUCAAAGCAGA